AUGGUGACGAGGCUGGCGGCCGCUGCGAGGAGACCGGGGGCGGGCAGCGCUCCUGAGUCUGGGUCGCCGACAUCCGCGCCUGCGGGCAGGUGUGUGACUCUGGGAAUUGCUCGCAUUCUUUCCUCGUCUCGAGCAGCGCUGACGUUUACGGUGCUCUGUCUCUUCUGCCUAACGCUCUCCGGAGUUCUGGCGGACUAUGCCGGUGGGGGCGGCGGCAGGAGAGGCCGCGGCCAGCCUCACCCGCGGCACGGCCACCAGCGGACAACGCGCGCCACUCCGUUGUUCAGUUUCCUGGGCCAGAGUCUCUCGGCCGAGUCACUCACCACGGCGGCGCUUCUUCUGGGCGCUGCACUCGCUGCGCUGUUCCUCACGCUUCACCGCAGGCCGUCGCGAAUCUCCGAAGCCGAGCCCGAUGCCGCGGGCGCCACGGGGCGAAGCAAGGACGACGACACAACGUUCCGCCCGUGCGCCUCCAUCUGCCUCAACGAAAUUCUGUUGAAAAGGACUUCGGACGGCCAGAAGUUCACAGUCGAUGAAGCCGCAGUUGCUCCCUUUCUCGCGCUGUGCUCGUGGAGCAAGCUCUUCGUAUUCACGCAGGUGCGUAACGACGAAGAUGAGCACCAAGUUUUCGACGAGUUGCAGCGCAUCCGAGCUUUCCACCACGGUCUGCAUCGCCACCGGGUCAUGUUCUCUUCGACGCGGAAUGGCCGGGCCUCGAUGGUCCGCCAGCUGCAGCCGCUCACACACAUCGACGCGGAUGGCUUCAUCGCCGCCACGCUGGACGGCAAGGUGCCGAACGUCGUCCACCUCCGGGAACCGCUGAAAGACUGCGUCGAUGUGCUGCAAGCUGCGCUGCAAAAGCCCCUUGCAGCGUAA